GCUUCGAGAUAAAAGUGUCAUCGGCAAACUUCCGUCUUGUGAACCAGGAAGAUGUGAACCUUAGUAGCUUGGGCUAUGAUGGCGGGUCGUGUGGGGACGUGGAUUGUGAUACUGUGUGUAGUUACUGAAAAUCUUUUUGCUGCUUUGCAGUUUGUUUCUAGUCAGCAACUGGAACAUAUGAGUUGUGUGUCUGGCUACUGGGGGGCAAACUGUACCCGUCCCUGUGGAGCAGGGUGUGACAGUCGUGGAUGCAGUCAGAGUGACGGGACCUGUCAGUGCCGUCCGCGGUGGGAGUCUCCUCUGUGCCAAAAAUGUGUGUCUGGCUACUGGGGGGCAAAUUGCACCCGUCUAUGUGGAGCAGGGUGUGACAGUCCUGGAUGCAGUCAGAAUGACGGGACCUGUCAGUGCCGUCCGCGGUGGGAGUCUCCUCUGUGCCAAAACUGUUCAGACGGUCACUACAACAUGUCUAACGACUGUCACAACACCUGUGGUGAAGGAUGUCAUAACACAUGUAACAAGACUGACGGGACAUGUCAGUGUCAACGAGGAUGGCAGCCUCCUCUGUGUCAAGAUUGUGCAGACAAAUACUACAACACGCCUAACGGCUGUGUCACCUGUGGUGAAGGAUGUCAUGACACUUGCAACAUUGCUGACGGGACAUGUCAGUGUCGACCAGGAUGGCAGCCUCCUCUGUGUCAACAGUGUGCAGAUAAUCACUACAACAUGUCUAAUGACUGUGUCACCUGCGGUGAAGGAUGUAACGACACUUGCAACAUUGCUGACGGGACAUGUCAGUGUCAGACAGGAUGGCAGCCUCCUUUGUGUCAACAUUGUGCAGACAAUUACUACAACACGCCUAAUGGCUGUGUCACCUGUGGUGAAGGAUGUCAGGACACAUGUAGCAGGACUGACGGGACAUGUCAGUGUCGACCAGGAUGGCAGCCUCCUCUGUGUCAACGCUGUGCAGAUAAUUACUACAACGUGUCUAAUGACUGUGUCACCUGUGGUGAAGGAUGUAACAACACAUGCAGCAGAACUAACAGGACCUGUCAGUGUCGACCACGAUGGCAGCCUCCUUUGUGCGAUGACUGUUCAGACGGUCACUACAACCCAUCUAACGACUGUCAAAACACCUGUGGUGAAGGAUGUAACAACACAUGUAACAGGACUGACGGGACAUGUCAGUGUCGACCAGGAUGGCAGGCUCCUCUGUGUCAAAAUUGUUCAGACGGUCACUACAACGUGUCUAACGACUGUCAAGACACCUGUGGUAGAGGAUGUCAUGACACAUGUAGCAGGACUGACGGGACAUGUCAGUGUCGGACAGACUGGCAGCCUCCUCUGUGUCAAUUUAUGACGUCAUCUAGAGACGAUAAAGAGGCUUUGAGUGUAGCUGGUCCACUGGCCGGUACUGCAGUCGGCUGUGCCAUCGUCUUCUUUAUUUUAGGUGUCCUCGCCGGAUUAUGGCUAAGACGACCAAGAUCUCAUCAGCCCUCAGCCAAACUUGGUUCACAUGAUAACAUCUCCACGAACUGUGAUCUAGCUACAUCGUCGACCAUGACGCGGCAAGCGGAGCAUCCUGGCACGACAUCUUCUGAAGAUGCAUCAGACCACAGCAACAACGUGUACGACGAACUUAAAGCUCGUAAUGACGACAGCAAAGCUACCUAUACUUCUCUUCGCUUCCAGAAUGAGAGCAAGGAAUGUGCGGAGCCUAGUGAUUACAUCAACACAAGGAAAUGCAAAUAAAUUCCAAAUGAAACACAAAGAUGCGUUACAAGUUAUAUAAAAGCUUUGAUAAUAAUAAGAAUGAAAAUAAAAACAACAACAUUCCAUAACAUUCUCCUUUCUAACUGUGAUGCCGUGAAUUAUUAAUACAAAGUUGUAAAGCGAUGAACUAAGUUUUUAACACGAAUUGAUAGAGGCAAUGUAGUGAACAAUUAUCAAUUAUAUGUCACGUGAUCUCAACAAAUAUGUUAAUCAUGAGGGUGCUGAGGCUAGACACAUGUGUUUGAUUGACUCUAUGGAUGAUUUAUUAGCUGAGCUUUUCUGAGCAUUUCAUAGUGAAAAUAUCAACUCUCUUGACUCACGGCAAAGGUAAACAUACAAGAAGAGGUGUGUGUAUCCCAGUGACUAAAUUUUCCCGCUGCAGGUUCAAGUAUACGAACGCACUCAGGCGUAUUGAAAUAAUUUUUAAAGCAAACUAUUGGUGUACCUGUGCUAGAUUUUAGUAAACAUCACAGAAUAGACAGUGACGUGCAGAUGCUGUUGCUCACAGUGCGUUUCUCUCUCUCUCACUGACUAAUGAACCCGCCACAAUAACACCAUGAACACAUACACACACUUGCAUUCCUUGUUAACAUGCCUAUAUCACUCUUUAUCAAUGCUAACAUUGAACACCAGGGAAGUACAUGCUUAUCUCAGGUAUACCUAAGUUUAGAGAUAGGUGGUCGUCAUCACAUUGGUUUCCAGGAAGUUUAAAGACAAACCAUUUUGUGACGAUGGCGGGUUGUGUGCGGACGUGGAUGUUAAAGCUGUGCGUUUUCACUAAAAUCUUUGUCUUGAUUGCUGCACAGACAGAGCAUAUGAGUGAGUACUUUCAGUAUUUUAGGAUUAGUUAAUAUUCCGUAUAUGAGAGAGGUGCCAGUAGUCCCACCCCUCUAUCGAGUGAGGUGCCCAUUGCCGACAGCUGGGUCAACGUGUCGCUGCUCUACACGGGUAUGUUACAGGACAACCUGUUUGUUUAGGUAUUCAAAGUAUCGAUAGUAGUUUAGGGUCAGUUGUUCCGCUGAUUUAUUCCUAUAGGGCAUUAUAACAUAGCAAUUUGAAUAAACAGUAAACAAACGUGUGGAAUUCCAUUCUAAUAUGAUCCGCACAUUGAACUCCGACUGGAUCUUUUCCCUUCUUGUCCACAGAAGCCUAAAAUUGUUUCCUAUCGUCCUUGUAAAAUUGUUGAUGUUAUUUCUUAUAUGCUGCGAUAUUAAUCAAGAUACUUAAGGAAUGAUGUUUAUGCUUGUCAAAUAAAUAUUUACUAACAU